UUCCCCUACACGAAUUGGGUGAUCCGAUCCAAGCCUUCGUUAGAGCGAGGAAGCGUUCUUGCUCGCUGCCAUGGCCUCCACCGCAGCUUUGACAACAUCCUCUCUUCUUCGGCGUUCUCGUGCGCUACGAGGCCAUGUGUUCCCAAAACCCCUACCAAAUCCAUCAUCCAUCAACCUCGCCCGGCCUCCGCCCGUCCUUCUUCUCCCUCGCAGGUUUAUGUGCCGUAAUGCUGCCUCGGGCAAUGAAGAGGCUGCUGCCAAAGCAGCUGCCGAGAUUGCGGAUACUGGAGCUCCAACCAUAUUUGAUAAGAUAAUAGCAAAGGAGAUUCCGUCCACAAUUGUUUACGAAGAUGACAAGGUAUUGGCGUUUCGAGAUGUUAACCCUCAAGCUCCAGUUCACAUUCUGGUGAUUCCAAAGAUAAGGGAUGGAUUGACCCAACUUGGAAAGGCUGAACCAAGGCAUGCUGAGGUAUUAGGUCAUCUUCUAUUUGCUGCAAAACUAGUGGCUGAGAAGGAAGGUAUAGUAGAUGGUUUCCGUGUUGUUAUCAACAACGGUCCUGAAGCAUGUCAAUCAGUCUAUCAUCUACAUUUGCACGUACUUGGUGGAAGGCAGUUGAAAUGGCCUCCUGGAUAACUCAACUGCUGCUAUAGAUGCUUCCUUGCUCAUUAUCUUCUCCAAAACUUGUCUUCCGAUUUUAUCUUCUUCAUGGUUGGUAUCAUGAGAUAUCAGUAUGUUAUUGCUAAAGCCAUGCUCUGUUCAGUCCAAUGGCUGGAGACUAUCAAAAUGUUAAUACCCAGAAUAAGUUGUUCUUCAUGUUUACUUAGUGAACCUUUGCAAAAUGAUCUACAGAGAUGCGAAACUGUUUUCCGUGGAAGUGUAUGCUUGCCUUUUCUA